CACCAGCACCAUCUCCUCCCUCCCUCCCUUCCCUCCUCCAUUAGUAUUCUUCAUCGGCGAGACAGGUGGUUAGGAGGGAAGAGAAGAGGGGUGGGAGUGUGGAGAGCAGUACAAAACUGAAGCCCACACCUCUCUCUCUCUCCCACUAUUCCCGCGAGAAAAUGAUGACGAGGUCUCUAGAGCCGGCAGCCGAGCAGAAGGCCUCGUCGUCCUUCGGCAACCUGCUCUCCAUCUUCCUCCGGGUCAGCUCGUCCGAGCCCAAGCCGCCGAGGCGGAGCUUCGACGCCGAGGGCGUUGUCGGGCUCGGCAUCGUCGCGGCCAUGAGCCGCGCGUGCCUCACCGCCCAGCCGAUAGCGAUCGGCGCUGCCGCACGCCGCCGCGCGCGCGAGGAGGACGAGCUCUCCGAGAGCUACACGUGCGUCAUCACGCACGUGGCCGCCGGCGCCGGCGAGGGCGGCAGCAUGCGCAAGCGCGUCUACUUCGGGUUCGGCGACGGCGGGGACAGCUGGUUCGUGGAGGCCGCUGAGGAGGCGCCGGCGAGGGCGGACGACUUCUUGAGCCGCUGCUGCCUCUGCAACAAGAGGCUUGAUGGGCUCGACAUCUACAUGUAUAGGGGGGAGAAAGCCUUCUGCAGCUCCGAGUGCCGAUGCCACCAGAUGCUCAUGGACGACCACGCAGAAAAAUGUGGAUCAGAAGCCCUCAGAGCCAGCAGCUACUCGGCCUCCCCGUGCUCCGCGCCGAUGUCCUUCUCCCCCAGCGUCGCGGCGGCCUAGCCGACCGAGCUGCGUGAUGCCGUCGAGCUGCUCCUCAGUUUGUAGUAGCAGAGAGCAUAGAGAUCUAAAUGAUCUUUUAAGCGAAUGAAAACAUAGAGUAAUUACUAAAAAAAAGGUUUCUGAACUGUGGCUCGAAUAAAAGAGAGGAAGAAAGUUUUUGGGGUCA